AUAGCUCUGAGGUAUUUAAAGGCAGAUGUCGCUUUUUUUUCGUAAGUGAACUCGUGUUUAUUGUGUGUUUGUUGUGAUUAUGUUUUUCGGCCAAUAUCGCUAUCCGGAGGUGAAUGCCGAAGGAAAAAUAGAUUUAUUUUUAUUCCUAGAAGCUUCUCGUGGCAUAGAAAAAUUUGUAGAAUUACUAGGAACUGCUUUUUAUCCUGUCAAGAAUGAUAUCCACGGAAAUAUAGAGAAAUUGCUCAAAAUUUACAAUAUGGACAAGGAGAAAUUUAAAUAUGUAAAUAAUAUUGUUGAAUCUGAAAUCAAUUUAGAAGAAGAGGAAAAAAUAGGGAUAGAUGCACUUUUAUGGUUGAAAAGAGCCCUUGAAUAUAUACAAGUGUUCUUAACAUGUUUUGUUGAAGAUUAUCAAGAGAAAAAAAAUACAGAAGAUCUAACCCCAUAUUUUAAGAAAGCGUACGAAUUAAAAUUAAAGCCAUAUCAUGGAUGGUUUGUCCAACAGCUAUUUGCGCUAUGCAUAAAAGUGGCUCCUUUUAGGAAGGAUCUAAUUAAGUUACUGGGUACAGGUAUGGAAAAUUUUAACGAAGAAAUCAUUAUGAAUGACAUAGAGGAAUUUCUGAAUUCACUUAAUUCUAACUUAGAAAUUAUAGUUGCUAUGUAUGAUGAAAAUAAUUUGAAUUCUACAAAAGUUGUAUAAAUAUUGUAAAAUUUUCACAAGUGCCUCUUCACUCAUCAAAAUGCUUCAUACAGUAUUUUCAUACCAAUGAUUUUAUAACAGUUAUUAAUUAUUGUUGUCAAACUUUUAAUUUAUGAAUGUUAUGCUUUUUCGAUGUAAUUUCAUUAUUUCAAUAUUAUUUAUUGAAAUUUUAAAUGUCAAAUGUAUAAUAAAAAUGUUUGUAAUUUUAGAUAGGUGGAAAUGAAACAUGGUUUGUAAUUAUUCGAUUAUGUAUAUGUUGUAAAAAAUUUAAUUUCACAUAUUUAAGUUCAAAUUAAUAAAAUAACACUAAAUGAAUUUCUGAUGAUCUCACUUUAAUUAAAUAUAUCAUAUCUAAUAUCAUAUACAACUAUGUUCAGAGAAUUAAAAUGAAAAAAGCAGCUUCACAUCACUAUGUUCCUCCAAAAACAACUAUAACUAGACGUAACAUUUCUUGUGCCACUGAUCUAAUUUAUGUAAGCAAACUGCUGCUUUGGCUUCUAGUGCACUGAAACUGGAGAACUACCAAAUGUUGUGAGGGAACCAUUUCAUCCAGAUUCCAAGAUCUGGAAGAUAUUUGCUUAAAGGUUGUGUGUGUUGUGAAUUUUAUCAUCACUGCAUUUUAAAUCAUUUAAAUAUUCAUGACUGUAUAAUUAAUUUUAUUUUAUUUUGAAUAUAUUCUAUAAAUGUAUUUAUAUAUUAAUAUAUGUAUAAAAAUAAAAAAUUUAUUUUUAGUCUGAAUUUUAUAUAAUAUUUUAUCAAAAUGUAAAAUGUUUCUACAAAAUUAGAAGACUAA